AUGAAUUUUGCUGAGCAUUUCAAUACCAGUUUUGAGUUGUAACCCAUCAAUUAUUUCCCAACUUUAUUAAUUUUUCUAUCUGGGUUGCAGAAAAAUUAAUAUUUUAUUAUCUAUUAUUCACAUAUUAAAACAACAAAAAGCCCAAUGGCCUCUCUGUCAAGUCAUAUUCUCUCUCUCUCUCUCUCUCUCCCUCCCUUCUCCCCUCCCCCUCUCCUCUCUCCCCCUGUGGUCAUAAUUUGUACUAGAAAAGCUUUAAACCCUUUCAUUUUGAAUAGGUUUUAAUUACCCAAUGCAUUUUUAGUUACAAAUUUCUUUUUUUUUUGGGGGGGUAGGGUUUAAGGUUACAAAUUUCAAUUGGGUUGGUGUGUACUCUACUUUUGUUUUGUUUGCUGAAUCUGUACACCAUUAGUGCUAACGCUUUAACCUUUUCAUCUGGGUUGUUGAAUAGUUUGAUUUUCUUUGUGUUUGGUUUUGUACGAUUUAACUUUUCUGGGUAACAACUUUCAUUUCCCCUCUCUACUACCUGCCAAGAUUCAUUUUCAGGGUGAAAACCCUUAUUUUCCAAUGCCUCCUUAAGAUUUAUUGUGUUCUCAUAGGAGAGAUUGAAAUUCUCCAUCUGGGUUUUCUCAGAGUGAUGCAUAUUGAAGUCCCCAACAAUGGCUACUUUGGUCCCUGGUGUUCUAUUGAAGCUUCUACAGCAUAUGAACACAGAUGUGAAGAUUGCUGGUGAGCACAGGUCAUCUCUAUUGCAAGUAGUGAGCAUUGUCCCUGCACUAGCUGGUGGCGAACUCUUCCCAAACCAAGGGUUUUACCUCAAGGUAUCAGAUUCAUCUCAUGCCACCUAUGUUUCUCUACCUGAUGAACAUGAUGAUCUAAUUCUUAGUGAUAAACUCCAAUUGGGUCAAUUCAUACAUGUUGAAAGGCUUGAUGCUGCCUCCCCGGUCCCCAUUCUUCGAGGGGUUAGGCCGGUCCCGGGGCGCCACCCUUGUGUGGGAAGCCCUGAAGAUAUAGUUGCAACCAGAUCUUUGGGAUUCCUUAAUAAUAACAAUUUUGAAUCUUCUUCGGGUUCAAAACCCUUAGAUAAAUCAAAAUCAAGUGCAAAAGUAUUGGGUAAUAAUAGCCAUAGCCAUAGCCAUGUUGGAGGGAAGGAUAGAUUAAAUGGUGGUGCUAGGGAGGAUAAAUCGGAUAAUAAAACACCGAUGUUGAGUCGAUCAAAGUCUCAAUUGUUGAAACCGGCUUUGAAUUUGGUAGAGAAGAAGGAAUCUUUAGCUAAAUUGAAGUCAUCGAAUUCAAAGUCAAUCCCUUCGUCUCCAACGAGUUGUUAUUCGUUGCCCACUUCUUUUGAGAAGUUUGCAAAUGGGCUUAAGCAGCAAGCGAAGAUCAAAGGGUUGGAGAAGGCAACGGCUAAAUUGGGAUUGGGGGAACGGGCCAGUUCAGCUCGUGGGGCAAGUCUGGCUGCAAAGAGGGCACCCGCUGCGAAUGCAAUCAAGAAUUGGGUUCAGGGGAUUGAGUUGGGUCCUAAAGCUUUGAGAAAGAGCUGGGAAGGAAACAUGGAAAUGAAGGGUCGAGAAAGUCCAAGAUUGAGGGGCACCAGGCUUGAUUUGAAGCCUGAGUCUCGGAGUACUUCUGUUCCUAGAAAAUCAACCAGUGAAAGGUUGCCAUCUAAAGAGGAAAACAAGGUCCAGAUAUCGAUGAAACCAUCCAAAGAGGAAAACAAAUUUCAGGUUGCAAAGAAAGUUACUGCAAAUGGAGAUUCGGAUGGUGUUGACAAGUCAAAUAAGCAAAGAACUUCUGCUGGAAAGAAAUCAUCUGGUGAGGCUGCUAAUCAUGGAUUACCAGGAAACUUGGUCAAGGUUUCUCUUAGUAAUAGGAGAUUAACAGAUGGAAGUGUUUCAUGGGCUUCACUCCCAUCUUCUCUUUCAAAGCUUGGAAAGGAAGUUUUGAGGCACAGAGACGCUGCACAAACAGCUGCAAUAGAAGCAAUGCAAGAAGCUUCAGCUGCAGAGAGCUUACUUCGAUGUUUAAGGUAUUUCUUCCUAGGAAAGGAAAUUAAUACUUUUGGUAAAUGCAGAAUUACCUCUUGUGUGAUUCAAUCAUUCAAAGGCAUAAUUUAAUUUAAUUUAAUUUUUACUAUUCAAGAAUCCAUCUGCAUUGUAUUCCAUGGAAUGAUUUUGGCGGCAAUGUAGUAGUUUCAACAUUACUCGGAUGGUGAUAAUCACAAAUGGUAAAUUGAAGUUAUUUAAUCAUCCUUAAGGAAUCCAAUAUCCAAGAACACUUUGUUAAUGAGGUUAUCACUAUCAUUGGUAGCCAAAUUGUUCCAAUGUUUCCAAAUCAAGUAUGGAGGACAGUUUAGUCUCAAGACAUUUACUCCGAAAUUUUGCUGUGUCAAACAAACAUACACUUUGUUCUACUGACAAGACAUUUAUAUCUGGUUCCAACCACUUGUCUCCAAAUAAUUAAUUUUAGGGUAGGCACACCUCAUGUUUAUGUCAGAUGUUGUUCCUCCAUAGUUUGCAGGGCAUGAUUCAUUGCUUGAUAAUUUAUAAAUUAGAUGCAUGUGUCAGCUUGUUGUCUGGCGAAGGAUUUAUAGAUUAUAAUUUAGGUUUAUAACUCUUAUACUGUUUGUAGUCUAAUUUUUAAUUGGCAUCUUCCUGCUUCCAGUUUAUGCUAACUGUACCCGUAACAUGUACAAAAAUAAUUAAAAGAGAAAAAGGAAUUCUGGUUUAGUCUAAAUAUGAGAUUAUUAAAUCUAGUAAUAUUCUUAGUUCGUAAGCUUUACAGCAUUUCCAGAAUUAUUAGCACAGGUCAAAAGAUGGUAGAAACAAGUUUCUCUCUCUUUCCUAAAAAUGAAUCAAAUCGAAAAAUGAGCUCUGAAGUUACCUUAUAAAAUGAUAGAUGUGCUUCUCCAUCCCCGUCUCACAUGCACCAAACUAAAUUGUAAGACCCUGGUAUGGACAGUUACGUGUAGAAUUGUUGAUUAAAUCUUUAAUAUUUGAACUCGAUUUAUAUUUCAUAGUUUAUGUUUAAGACUAUCUUCAUACUUUCAUUAUUUCUUUACAAUGUCAUGUUUAGAUUUGUUGAAUGAGUUGAACUUCUCCAUAGAUGCUUGUCAUUUACUAAUAUUAAUAAUCAUUUUAUAGUUGAAUUGUUUUGAACUCAUGCAUGCUACAAUGCUGGCUGUGAUACUAAAAACUGCAUUCAUGUCGUGCUUCUUCUUUUUUAAAUUAUAGUGUCAAUAUAUUUGUGUCAUGUUUGUAUUGUGUUACAUGUACUUGUACAUACUUCUUAACUAUUUACAAGCCAAUUUUUGAAGAAGUGAAGCUUUUUGUUGUAUUUUAGUGUGCCUUUCUAGUCUAUUAUCUGACUCUAACUUGUAAUAGCUUUGUGAAUAUGUUCAUUCAUGGUUUAUACAUAGACAAUAUCCAAAUUUAUAAGCUGAUCAGAUACAAGUACCAAGUUGUCUCCAUAAUUUUUGUGUUGUCCAUCUUAU